AAUAGCUUUAUUUUAUUUAUUCUAAAACAAAAAUUUCUUCUUCUCUUUUUUUUAUCUUAAAAAAAUAAAAAUAAAGCAGUAAUAAAUAGAUCAGGGGAGAAAAUCUAUUAAAUUAUGAGAACAUCCUCUCGUCGUCAACAUACUCCUCCACAACCUAAAGAAUCUACCUCAACCUCAUCAUCAACUUCCUGUCAGAUACGACCUUCAAGCAAUAUGGACGAAGGAGAAUCUUAUAGCCAAACUUACGUAGGCGAAAAAUUUCACCAAAUGGAAGAAGAAGACACGACCGGAUUUCUUCACUUUAUGGACGAGCAAGUUCAUGACACAUGGGACAGUGCUAAAGCCGUAGUGAUUGGAGCUCAGCGAUUAUUACAUAUACAUGAAUUACCUAAAGAAUGGCAAGAGAACGAAUACGUUUUAUCUGGUUACCGCUUCUACCAAAGUAGUCAUGCUUGUUUACGAUCUAUUUUUAUGCUUCAUAAUGAGACAUUGAAUAUCUGGAGUCAUUUGGUGGGCUUUAUUAUUAUGUCUGGGCUUAGUAUAUACGGUUUUAAUUAUAAAUUCCCAGACGCUUCAUUCAACGACCGUACUGUAUUCGUUACAUUUUGCAUUGCAGCAUUGAAAUGUUUAUUUUGUUCAUCAAUCUAUCAUACGUUUAUUUGUCAUUCGCAUAGACAAGUAAAAUCAUUUACGGCAACGCUGGAUUACAUGGGAAUUUCAUUUCUAAUCACAGCCUCAGUACUUGUGACAGAGUACUAUGGUUAUUAUUGCAGACCCAUGACCCGUUUAAAAUACAUGGUAUUCACAACGGCAGUUGGAAGUAUCGGUGUAUUUGCACCAUUUUUAGAAAAAUGGGAUACAAAGGCAUUAAGACCACUUCGUAUUGCAGUAUUCGUGUCCAUGGCCGUAUCAAGCGCCGUACCAGUUUUACAUCUUGCUUAUCUAAAUGGGCUGAAAGCUACAUGGACAUUUUUUGAAUUAGCCGCUGUUAGCGUUUUUAUGUAUAUUCUUGGUGUCAUUGUUUAUGCUAAUCGUUUCCCUGAAAAAUUCUUUCCUGGUAAAUUUGAUUUUGCUGGUUUAACAAGUCAUGCUAUCUGGCAUGUUUUUGUAUGUUUGGGUAUCUUUUUUCAUUACCUAGCUUCUCUACGUUUUUAUGCUGAAAGACACAAUUAUGGUUGUAACAAAAAUUAAAACAAUAUACCUCCUUAAAGCUAUUUAUACAUUCUCCUUAUUCCAUCAUAUUACACACCUC